UUCACUCGCAAAACGAAAGUGCAAAACACGCAUGUAACGUUAUAUAUGGACCUGGGGAUUUCUGUUGCGUGAUUGAUCGUUUACAAGGUGUAUAUUUUUCCUUAUUCUAAUAUGAUAUCGAUAUCAAGACGCACAGUUCAAGCAGAAUAACCCGAAAAUAAUUUUGGCCCAGCAGUACAACAGUGUAUCGAACUGACGAAGGAAAGUUAAGAUAGUUGGGUGAAGUUUCUUUCAGUUCAGAUUAGAUGAUUUUUACCUGAUUAAAGCAUUGACAAUCACCUGGCUAACAGAUAUCUAGACAAGAGAACAUGUCUGAAAACCAAGGACAGAAGCCACCAGAGGCUUUAAGUAUCCAGGAAAAAAUUAAGGCCUUUGAGACAAAAAAACCAACCCACUCUAAACCUCCCCCAGAAGUACCACCUAAACUUCCCCCUAGACCCACACCGAAAGUUCCCCCUCGGCCUGCACCCAGGGUUAUGGCUACCCACACAACUACGUCAUUGGUCCAGAAGCAGGGUCAGGAAAAAGGAACUUCAGUUGAUCCUAAAAUGUCAGGGAGCCAAGGGGCAGUAAAUAUCCUGCAGGAUUCAAGCUCAGAGGAGGAAGAAGAGGGACCAUUUGAGGAUGCUCACUCACCUGAGGAAAUGAGCGACUACAAAGAACAUGAAAAAUUAACCCUGAAUAUAGAAGCUACAGAGCAAGCAGAUGAACAAGAAUCGGAUGAAUAUGAGAGUCCAGACAGCCCGGAACCUAUAUGGAGUCCACCAGCAAUCAAUCCACCCAUACCAACCAGCCCCCCACAAUCCGAGCAAAUCACCCCCCAAACUCCCGAGGAAAUGUUUGAAGGAACAGUGUAUCAGAAUGUUAAUCCUGGUGGCGUGCCAACAGUUGGUCCUGAUAAUCAGUGUCUGUCUGGUGUGAAGGACCAGGCAUCCAUAGAUAGAACACUGUAUCAAAAUUGGGAUCCAGACGAUGCUAGAACAGAAGAUCCUGGUAAUGUUUGCCAAGCCAGUGCUGAAGGUCAGACAUUGACAAGUCAAACAGUGUAUCAGAAUGUUUGCUCUGAUGGCAUGCAAAUUGAAGGCCUAAUAGAAGACAAUGAGGGCCAAGCAGGUGUAAAAGGCCAGGCAUUAAGAAGCGAAAUGAUGAAUCAGAAUUCUGAUGAUUCCAAGACAGGCGGCCCUGAUAUAAGUAUUCAAUGCCAGGCCAAAGCAGAAGAAUCAGAGGAACAAAUUUGGGACCCUGAGCAGGUUAAAAAUUCCCAAGCAUUUGAUACACAAAGUCAACCUGAUCAGCAUGACCAAUGGUCAAGUGGUUCGAAAGAAGAUCAAACCCCCGAGGAUGCCCCUCCCCCUGUUCCAGCAAGAACAUAUGUUAAACCCCAGCUACCCCCUAGGGUCUCUAAAAACCUGCAUCCUAGCAGUGAUUCAACCAAUAUGGGAAGUGACUAUGUUGAUCCUAGAAGCUCUGCUCAAAGGGAAGCAACCAAGCCUGUGAAGUCUUCAGAUUUUCCACCUAGUUAUUAUACACCACAACAAAAUAUUCCACAUAGCAACCCGCAGAAUUACCCCCCUAGUUCUUCAGCCCAACCAAAUGUAAGCAAUCCUAAUGUACCAAACCCUGAUAUGAUGUAUGGAAACCCAUAUACUAGCAUGCCAUUUCCUUAUAGUUUUCCAAACAUGGCACCAGGACAGUUUUCUUUCCCUGGGGGUGAGAAUGAGUUUGCCCAGCAGAUGAUACAGUUACAGUAUUAUCACAGCCUAAUAGAACAAAAUAAAAAAAUGCAAACUCAAACAUCUCAAAAUGCUAACAAUUCCAAUAAAGGGAAUGAGACUUUGGCUUCUAAUCUAGAUGAAUCAAUAUCUAAGUCUUCAGAUCAAGAUACAUCUUUGCCAACAAAUAAUCCCAACUCAGAUCAAAAGCAUCCAAAGAAAAAGAAAGCCAAAAAAGAACCAAAACACCAUAGCAAGCCACAGCACGAAAAAGACCAGUCUGAAGCUACAGCCAAGGCAACAGAAGAGACUGCUAAAGAUUUGUUUGUGUGCGUGAACAACAUAAAUCCUGAGACUGAUGAGGAGACCUUUUCUAACUUCUUGGAGGGGAGAGCAGGCGGAGACGCGGAAGUUAUUUGUGUGGUGUACACUGAGGACAAGAGCACCGCCGUGGUGGAGUUUAGUACUCCUGUUGAUAUCACAGAAAUUCAAAACAAGUGCAAAAAGAAGCCUUUGAAAGGGAAAUAUUUAGAAGUGGGUUCCGUAGAUCCAUUGAGGUAUAUUGUUGUCUCGGCUGAGGGAGAUGAUGUGUCAGGAGACGAUCUGAAAAAAUAUUUUGAGAACAAAGCUCAAAGCGACGGAGGAAAUGUACAUAGGGUGUCUUCUAAAUGCGAUGGAUGUUUCACCGUCAAAUUUAAGCAAGAAGAGGAUGCCUUGAGAGUUUGUAGGAAGUCCUGCCAUGUGGUAUCUGACACGACCCUUAUUGUGACGCCCUUGUUUUUUCCUGAACUAGGAGAUAAUUGUAAUGGUAUUUAUGAUGUCUCAAAACACACUGUGCCUCUUCCCAGUGUGCUUAUUAUAGAAAAUGUGGAUGUUCAAAUCGAAGAUUUCCUAAAGCAAUCCAACCCUGUUGUUGAGCAGCUUAACUUGGAACUUAAGAAAAAACAUGCAAAGGUCAUAUGCGAUGAAAAGACACAAGUGGAGUGUCUUCUGGAUCAGAAAGUGCCCAACGUGAGAGAGCUGGUCAAAUCUUGGGAAACCGAGGCCAGAGAAAGCUUUUUUGAGACUGUAAAUGAGAUGAUUCAUAAGGCGGAGAUAGAGGUGAUGAAGGAAGCUUGGAGUGAGAUACAGUGCUCUGCCACCAAAAUAACAGAGAUUCACAGCUCGGAUCACCUUCUUACCAUCUAUGAGGAAAAUACCAGUAAAAUUUUAUUUGUUGGGAAAAAAAUGAUAGUUCAAAAUGUGCACACAGAAAUCAGUAAGCAGCAUAGAGAAAUAGAGAAAAAGAUUCAAAGAAAGAAACAGAUUACAUCUGACGAAAAGUCUUUCCCUGUCCCAAACAUCAGGCUAAUGAGGAGAAGUGGCAUUUUUGAGGAGUUGGAAAUGAUAAGUGAAGAUUUUAAGGUAGAAGCAGAUUAUCAAAAUGGAAAAAUCUUUUUCACAGGGGUCAAAGAUGAUAUUAUGAAGGCAACAGUCCAGAUUUUUGAGCACAUUUCUGAUUUUGAGAAUUGGAUAAUAUCCGUCUCAGAAAAAUUGUCUAAACAUCAGCUUGAAUUACUGGCAGGAGAGCCAGCCAAAUCUUUGGUGGAGGAAAAGUUUCAAGAAAAUGGACUGACAGUUGAGAUUGAAUUUCAUGAUGAUGCUGUAAAAGUUUACACAAUUAACAGCAAUGAAAGAAGUCCAGCUGAGUCUAUCAUCCUUAACAUGACAAAAGAAUCUGAGAUUCCUCUGGAUGAAACAUCCAGAAACGUUCUGUUAACACGCGAGUGGAGGAUGGAAAUUGAGGCUCUGUGCUCUGAGCAUGAAAAUAAAGUUAAAGUUUUCCCUGAAGGUCAAGCCAAAAUCCUAAUUACCACAACAAGGGAUCUUCAUGAUUAUGUUAAACAAAGACUAGAAAACUUUAUCAGAGAAAAUUCCAUAUUCGAAGAUUCUGUAGUUAUAGAAGAUGCAGGAAUCAUGAAAUUUAUUUCAAAGUAUUGUGGUACCCAGGUAAAAGAAAUUGAAGAGAAAUAUAGAGAAUAUUUUGUGAAACUUGCCCUGGAGGAAAAGAGGAUAAUCAUGUCGGGUAACAAAGAAGGACUGUCGAUGGCCAAGCCGGAAAUUCAGGCAAUGAUCAAGAAAAUCCGCUUUGAGCAGAAGACGUACAGCCAGCCAGGGAUGAGCAAAAUCCUGACCCAGGACAAGCUUCCAGUGACGGACAUAGAGGAUGGUUGUCGCUCAGUGAUAAUGUUCACGGGUCCUAGGAACGCUGGGGUCAGCCCUGGGAGUGAAGAUGUCAGGCCCAAACUGAGAUUUAUACCUAGCCAUAGAAUGCUACAGGAAGAAGAGCUGCUGCGUGGAUCCACUCUCUCAAUGUCCCCACCCCCACAGGUCAAGUCGGGGCCCUACAUCUGUGCGGAGAACAACAUUAAGAUUGAACUGAUCCGAGGAGAUCUUGCCAGUGAAAAGGGAGACGUCAUUGUAUGUUCUGUGGCCCAGGAUUUGCAUCUCAACAGAGGAAAGUCCAGCAAGACUCUGCUGGACAAGGGAGGUCAAGGACUAAUGGCUGAAAUUGAGACAAAGUAUCCAAACGGGAGCCAAGCAGGAGAGUUAGCCACCAUCAGUGGAGGGAGUCUGGGCUGUCAGGAGCUGUACCUCGGAUAUCUACCAGACUGGAAAAGCAGCAAGGGCAAGGUUCUAAAUGAGUUUAUGAGAAAAUGUUUGGAAGCGGCCAAUGAUUCGUCAUAUACAACCCUGGUGUUCCCAGCCAUGGGGACGGGACAGCUAGGAUACCCCAGGGACCAGGUGGCUGAAAUGAUGUACCAGGCCGUCAUUGACUUUGACCGCAAAUCUGCUGGACCAAACUUGAAGCACAUUAAAUUUAUCUGUUUCCCUGGUGAUUUCGAAACCUGUCAGGCUUUUGAGGCAGAGGAGAAACAUCGCCUCAAUCCUCACCUCCCAAAACAGCAGGUCAGAGAUUCCAGAAAAGGACCAUAUAUCACAAGAAAUAAAGUGACAAUUUCCAUUGAAAAGGCUGAAAUUAGUAAAUUCUCUGCUGAUGUGCUGGUAGUUGCCUGUGAUAAAUCCCUGGUUUUGACCAAAUCAGGAAAAGCUGCCCAGUCUUUGUACGAUGCAGGAGGAGAUUUUUUUCAAGAAGGGGCAAAGGUUAACUACCCCAAUGGUAUUGCCAAUUUUGGGGACUUUGCAUGCAUUCCAGGAAAUGGACUUAAAAACUGCAAGGACGUAUAUCUAACCUCCAUUCCUGAGUCAGAACAGAAAUCCCAAACAGUGCUGUGUAAAUUUGUUGCGGAAUGCAUGGAACAUGCCGACCAAUCAGGAUACAAGUCUGUAGCCUUUGCUGCCAUGGGAACUGGAGGAAUGAAAUAUCCUGCUGCGAUGGUCGCCAAAAACAUGUACAGUGAAGUGCGGAAGUAUUCCAGAGGACACCCCAACUGUAGCGUCAAGAACGUGCACUUUGUUCUUUAUCCGAAGGACAAGGAAACCAUCAAGGCCUUUGAAGACUGUGAAAAGGAGCUACUGAAUGAAAGGAAAUACUCCAGUGAUGCCUAUAAAACGCCCAACCAAGGAAUAGUGGUAACUGUGAAGACAGCCUCCAUUACAAAGCUAAAGGAUGAUGUCAUUGUGGUGACAGCUAAGAAUGACCUUGACCUUGGCCAGACAGCAGUAACUAAGGCAAUAAUGAAGGAAGGAGGAGACAGCAUCCAGACAGAAAUCAGGACUAACUAUCCUAACGGAAUCACCGCCGGAAACCUCGCCAUUGUUAGCUCAGGAAAACUAGAUUGUAAAGAGAUAUACAUUGGCACAUUGCCAAUAUAUAAGGAGGACGCUAAUGCUGCAGCAAAAAUUCUUAAAGAUAUGGUUGUGAAGUGUUUGACUGUAGCAAACCAGAAGGGACACAACUCCAUUUCCUUCCCCUGCCUUGGGAGUGGGUAUAAUGGGUACCCACACAUUGAGGUAGCUGCCCUGAUGUUUGAAGCGGUCACUGAGUACGACAAGUCAGUGUCCUCUACCAGUGUCCAGAAGGUCAACUUUGUGGCCUUGAGCAAUGACAGGAAAUCUAUGGGGGCUUUUGAGAGUGAAGAGAAAAAGUACAUUCCUAAACAAGCUGGGCUUUCUGUGACCCAGCCUUCUUUUCUGAUGACCUCAAGACCAGAACAAGUCAGUGUUAGAAGUAGUGUAGCACGUCCCAGAAAAAGCCGGUCUUUCCCGUCAGUGACUCUGUGGGUAUACGGAGACAGGCAGGAUGAUAUUCAGGACACAUUCCGUGAAAUAUCCAAAAUUAUCCAAUCCAAGGCUUCAAAGCAAGAAGUAACAGACUCACAGAUACCAAACCUGACCCCUAAUGAGUUUAACCAGUUUUAUGAUAUACCUGAGCAGUGUGAAAUUGAAAUGACCAUCGACAAACAGAGCGGAAAAAUUACCAUGGAGGGUCUUAAGGAGGAAUUGGACAAAGCCAAGGACAAGAUCUUUGAUCUACUGAGACAGUUCCAGAAAGAGAGAUGGCUGGAUGAGGAGGCAAAGCUUGUAGCUGAUACAGUGCAGUGGAGCGUGAUGAGUGAUGAUCCAAUGGUUGUAAUCCAAAAACUACAAGAUUUUCCGCAGCGCGAAAACAUGUAUAUUGAAAAUGCAUAUAGAAAGAAUGAAAGUGAAGUCAGGUUAAGAGAUACUGGUAUGGUUGUUGAUCUAACAACCAUGAAGAUAUACCCAGAAAAUCAACCAACCAAACAGGAGAAUGUUGUCAGGAAGGAAAAGUUCAAAGGAAAUAAAAUUGAGUUACCAGCCAACUGGGUUCCUAUGAAGGAUGGAGAGACUAUUAAGGUUGUAACACUGGACAAAGCUUCUGCAGAAUAUCAAAGUCUAGAGAAGAAAUUUCUGGACUCUGUAAAGAAUGGAAUUUAUAACACAGGCAAAGCUCCAAAUCCAGCAAAUAACCCUGUGGGACAAUUCAACAAAGUCAAAGUCAACAAGAUUGAAAGAAUUCAGAAUCCAUCUCUGUAUCAGCAAUAUGCAGCCAAAAAAGCUCAUAUAGAAAAGCAUGUCGACCAAAACAAACAAACGUUAGAGAUGGAACUGUGGCAUGGGGCCGCACCUAAAGCCAUUGUUAGCAUCAACUAUUAUGGAUUCAACCGAAGUUACUGUGGGAAUACUGGUGGAGAGCCAUGGUAUGGGCGUGGGGUUUAUUUUGCUACAGAUGCAUCCUAUUCUGCUAGAGAUUGGUUAUCUGCUCCAGACGGUAGUCAUCGGAAAAAGAUGUACCAGGCCAAAGUCAUCACAGGAUACUACUGCGCUGGGCAAAAAGGCAUGAAAUACCUACCUGUGAGGAUAACAGGUAUCAACUACGACUGUGCUGUUAACACCAUGACCAACCCCACGGAGUUUGUCAUAUUUAAUGACACGCAGGCCUACCCAGAGUAUUGCAUCGAGUUUACAAUUGUUUAAUAAUAGAGACAUAGACUUGGACUCGAUAAAACAAUCAGUUUUUUGACACAAAUCUAUUUGUACACUUAGCAUUAAUGGUGGAUUGUGGAACAACAAUGUUUUUAUUUGAUGCAUGGAAUCUUUAUGUUAGUAGGUGUUGAAAUGAAACUAGUUAUAGAUUAACAAUGAUUUACAUAUGAAAUAUAAAACACUUAAAAGUCAGUGCUCCCAUGUCUGCAGGUGUUUGCAAAGCAAUCCCUUAAUUCCAAUCUGCAGUGAUAAUUAUUAAAGCUCUGUUCAUUGGGACAUUGACUUUCUUGCAUGAACAUUUUAAUAUCAUUUUGUAAAUCACAGUACACCUGGAAUCAAUUUCAAAGAUUAAAACAUUGUAAUGCAUAUUAGAUUUAUUCAUAGUAAUUAGUUCACAAAUGUGCCAUAUUUAGUUUGGCGGAUUAUUAUUAGGAGAGCUGAGGUCAGUUUACAUCUAAAGAUUAUCAUAAUGUGUGCCGAUGCCCAACAAAUUUUCAAAUUGCAUGUUGUUAUAAAUGACAAGAGUGAAGCUAAGUGCACCUGGUUUGUUUAUCUUAAACAAAAUGUUCUAUCCUGGGGCAUUGAUAAGUUUUUACAGAGAAAUAUUGUUCUAUCAUUCUUUAAAUGUAUGUAUUUUCAUUUGUGGAGUGUGAAAUUUUGAGAUAAGCUAGAAUAUAAUUGAUGAAAGUACAAAUAAGAUUAUAAGGACUAUCAAAAUAGAUAAUUUAUUGCCAUAAAAUAAUUAAUAGGAUGGUAAAAAUUGCAAAACCUGUUUCUGUGAUAUGGCUGUUUUUACUGCUCAAAUGAGAUUUCAAGAUCUUUAUAUAACUUUGUGAUUCAUAAUUUGUUUCCAUAUUAUUAAAUCAAGUAAGUUUUAGUGACUAAGAAUUGGCAUGUUCAUUUGCUUCCUCUGCACAAAUGUCAUGGCUAAAAUUUUACUAAUAAUUUUGUUAUACAUGUAUGAUCAAAACUAAAAUUAGCUCACCUUGAGAAAUCCAGUGUUGAUCAUUUUAAAGCAUUUGAUACUUUGAACAAUAUUGAAUUGAUAUCAUUCUAUCCAUUUUAUUCAAGUGUAUCCUCAAUUUAUAAUGUGAUAUGUAACAGUUACGGUACUUUGAUACUAUUUGGACAAUACUAGUCUCUAUAGUGCUUGUUUGCUCUUUUUACACACGCAUUUUGUACAUUCUUCGUUAAUAAUUUUACAAUCUUUGUCAGUAAUGCAGAGAGUUUGGUGGGAUGUGUUGUAGUUUUGCUAUUAUCCUAUGGACCAUUGAUGUUUAUAAUGAAAGUCUUUCAUAGCUCUCUUCUUGAAUAUUAAAGCUUUUUGUUUUGAUUGAGACUUGUUGUGACAAUUGAACAAUAAUCAAAUUGUGUAAAUGAAAUGAAAAGUGUCAUUUAAAAAAAAAUACAUGAUGACAAAUAAUGGUAUAUAAAAUUCCUGAAAUAGUACCUCUCGAGUUUUAGGGGCACAGUAAAGAAGUACUUCUCACAAUAUUACCUGAUGCCAACGGACAAGUCAAAGCUUUCCUUACAUUUAUCUGUAACUGACACAGAUAUUGCCUUGACUGGGAUUUGAACCUGGUUCCUGAAGCUUACAAAUCCAGCUCUCUCCCAGCCAAGCAGAAGAAAAACCUUGCAGCAGCAACAUGCAACGAAAAACAAAAUAAGAAGAUGCAAUAUGAUUUGAAAUAUAGGAGUAUAUACAAUUGGUUUAGAUCUUAUGUAUUUUAUCUUUUAAACACUGAAAAGGUACUGCAGGACUAAACCAACUUUUAUUUGCGUGCAAGAAAAUUUCGUGGGGUUAGCGAGAGUCCCGUUGUUGCGAAUAUUUCUCGCCGCGAACCAACCCUAAAUUGGAAGUACCGUUUUCUCUAAACCCUGUUUUUAUUUCAUCGUGUAAUUUUUACACUAUUCGUGCAAGUGAGGUAUCUGUUCUGUGGCUGCUGAGCUAUUCGUUUUCACAGGGAAUCUGAAUGGAACAAAUCAAAAGUCCUUAUUAAAGUGUAUCCUCAAUUUAUAAUGUGAUAUGUAACAGUUACGGUACUUUGAUACUAUUUGGACAAUACUAGUCUCUAUAGUGCUUGUUUGCUCUUUUUACACACGCAUUUUGUACAUUCUUCGUUAAUAAUUUUACAAUCUUUGUCAGUAAUGCAGAGAGUUUGGUGGGAUGUGUUGUAGUUUUGCUAUUAUCCUAUGGACCAUUGAUGUUUAUAAUGAAAGUCUUUCAUAGCUCUCUUCUUGAAUAUUAAAGCUUUUUGUUUUGA